AUGAGAGUGAUAUUACUUGAGGUGUUUGCUGAGAACGCUGGUCUGAUGAACCUGUAUGCCAUGGUGAGUGGGAGGGGCGGAUGGGUGGGAUGGGAGGCUCAUACAGAGCAGAGUGAUGUAGGAGUUGUGCUGCUCGCUGGGAAUGCAGGGCUCAUCAAUCUGUGUGCCACGGGGCAGUAUGCCAUGGUGGGUGGGUGGGGUAUGGAACGAACGGCCAUCUUCAGUCACUCUCUCCCUUCCUUACCUCUUUUCGCCCCUUCUUCACACCUUGUCACCGCUUCCCACCCCUUCCCACUCCUCCCUCCUGCCAAAGGAAUUGCGUGCCAUCUCAUGUCGAAGGAAGAGCAGCCAUCUUCAGAAACUUCGGGGAGGAGCCGAGAGAAUGUGAAGGUUGGUGGACAGAUGUUAGUCAUGGCAUGUGUGACCUCUGCAGCCAGGGAGGAGGAGGGGCGGAACGAACAGCACAGCAGGAAUUAA